AUGGCAGGGAAUGGGGUAACGCCAUCGUUCAAGGAAGCGGUGGAGUGGCGGCCUGAUGCGAAUCACUGCCAUGAAGUGAUCGAUGCUCUGGCGGACCGUUAUGUCAAAAUCAAUGUUGGUGGUGCACUAUUUCAAACAACAGUGGGCACACUUACAAAACAUGACACAAUGUUACGAGCGAUGUUCAGUGGCCGGAUGCAGGUAGUUACUGACUCAAAUGGUUGGGUGUUAAUCGACAGAAGUGGCAGACAUUUCGGUAUCAUAUUGGAUUUUCUUCGCGACGGUUUCGUGCCGCUUCCUGAUUGUCGUGUGGAGGUCGAACAAAUUUUGGCAGAAGCCCGGUAUUAUCUUGUACAGGAUUUGGCAGCUGAGUGCCAGUCAUGGUUAGAAACUCUAAGAGCGAGACGCGAUGUUCGGGAACCGACAGCUACAUGCAGCAUUCCCGUCGUACACACAAAGGCCGAAGCUGAUCACCUUGUUCUCAACUCUAUCAAGCCGGCCAUAAAGCUAUUGAUAAAUCGACACAACAACAAGUAUUCUUAUACGAGUCAGUCUGAUGAUAACAUUAUGAAGAAUUUGGAGCUGUUUGAUCGUCUUGCAGUAAAAUUCCAUGAUCGUAUAUUGUUCGUUAAAGAUGUUGGUUCGGAAUCAUCCGAAGUAUGCCAAUGGAAGUUUUUCGGUAAAGGUGAAAAACGAGCUGAAGUGUGCUGCACCUCUAUUGUUUAUGCGACUGACAAGAAACAGACAAAGGUAUGUAAUAGAUCUUAUGAAAAAUUGUUCUGGGUUAGCUAUACGACAUUAUCUAUCGUGCGAGAACCAACUGAUGGUCUCCUAUACCAUGGAGUAUUGUUGGAGCUCAGCACCUCACCUCACUCGAUGUUUUUGGUUCAUUUUUCACUAAAAUAUCAAAAUAUAUAUUGA